UACUAUAUUAUAUUUUAUUUUAAAGCUAUCUAUAUUAUAGGAAAGAUUAUUAUUACCUACACUAUUGACCAGCUAUAUCGUUUGAAGUAUCCUUUACAGCUGUCUUAAAACAAAGUAGGUACCCUUCAAUACUACGAUUAAAAAUAUGCUGCAUUUUUACUACGACACUUGUAGAAUUACUCAUAUAGUAACUAUGAAAAAAAAUGAUACUCCUUAAAGCUAUAUCGUAUUUCAAUAAUCAUCACAAUAUGAGUUCAUAAAGCGUAUCUAUAGUUUCUCUAUGUAAUAUUUAUUUAUGUACGCCGAAAUCAUUAAUGUUGAAUUUUCAAUCGAUUUAAAAUUCGUAAAGCAGAAGCACAAUUUAAAUUGAAUCAUAACUGAAUCUAUAUUUUUUUUCCAUGUAGACAUAUCGAUUAUCGGAUAACAAUUCUGUUGUAGCGUUCUAAUUCAAAACGCUAAGUAUUUUACUAUGGGAAGAUUUUAUGUUAGGUCAUGAACUCUAAAAGACUUUGCAAUCUCGGUACGUAUUCGAUUAUUAUUUAUAAUAAAAACUUAUAAUGUCACACGUCUCUAUUGAUUUGUCUUUUGAAAUUAAUACAUUUAAUAUAGUAUAAUAAUAUAUUAAUAUUUGUUGGUUAUAAAAACAAUAUUGAAAUACCUAAUCAUCUGGUUCAUAUGAUAAAAUACAUGAUUAUUGUUCGAUCAGAAAAAUAAAGAAUUGAACAUACUUAGUACUGUACUACUGCACAUCAAUAAUAUUGGGAUGGAGUAUUCGAUUGAUGAAUAUAACUGUGUGCCGUCGAAAAAAAAAGACAACUGCGGUUCAGGGGCACAACACGGAACGCCUCUGACCGAAUACAAAGUCACAGGUCGAUGCGUGAAAAAUGAAUCUUCGGCAAUAAUUCCAAAAAGAAAGAAUAAAAAACGGCAGGUUUCAAGCCACAAAUCAAGAAAAAAAAAUGGUGACGAGAUGCAUCCUUUAUUGGCUCCGGAAAACCCUGCUAGUUCAACGUACACCGAUGAACUGCAGUCACCGCACUCAGAAACAAGCCAAAGCUUUUAUCGCAAGUGUAUGCACUUUCUGUUUCCAAAAUUGGUUUCUGUUUCCGACGAAAACCAUUAUACCACCACCUAUUCGGCGCGUUUGACAUCCGGUGUAUCAUCGACCAGCAGGAGAACCGGAGAAACAUUAAUUUCGGCGAAACGGACGCGGCCAUCGAAGAUUGAUAAAGAAAUAUUCGUUCGGUCUAGGAUUGGUUUCAACGUGACGCAAAUCUAUUUCCCCGAGUCGGGACAAAUCUUCAAACCGGAAUAAAAUAUCUCAUAAUUUAGUGUAUAUGCUUUAGUAUAUAAAGUUUACUAUUUCCCAUGCUUUAUUGUAUAAAUAAAUUAUUAAAUCACAUGGAUUAUCAUAUGGUUAUUAU